CAUUUUGACUCUGAUGAUUAUGCGUAUCAAGCGGGAAAGGGACCUGUGAAUUUUUUCUCAUUUAGUUUUGUCACAAAAGAAGCAAAAGUUUUCGGCUUUGUUUGAUCGUGUUGCGCACUGCCCUGCAAAGGUGAAGGUCACAAAUUGAACUACACUAACCCGUUGGCCUCGUGAGCUUUAAAAUAUAAUAAUCAUAAAUGGCAGUGCCAAUUUGCUCCAUUGAGGCGAGGGGCCGAGAAACGUGAAGACACCCCUUCCUGCAAUUACUGAAAUGACUCAUUUAAAACAAACAAACAAACAAUCUUACGAUUGGUUUGUUCCGUUGUUACAUAAUAAGUCAAACCUCAACUUUGCGUCCGUUUCAGGCAAAACAAAAGGAGAAACGUAACCCGCGCUCAAGUACUUUUCACUUCCUGAAGAGGGUCAUUUUGGGAAGCUGCUCGAGACACCGAUGAAUGUUCCAAACCCGACUGGGAAGAUCUUCUGAUAUUUGGCGUGGGUCUCGCCACCCGGAACGAUCUCGUGAUAUUUGGCGAGAGUCUCGCCGCCCGGGACGAUCUCGUGAUAUUUGGCGUGGGUCUCGACACCCGGGACGAUCUCGUGAUAUUUGGCGUGAGUGUCGCCGCCCGGGGCGAUCUCGUGAUAUUUGGCGAGAGUCUCGCCGCCCGGGACGAUCUCGUGAUAUUUGGCGAGAGUCUCGCCGCCUUGCUACCCAAAACAUGGCUCCCGUCAGGUUCCUCCCGCAUACCGGCCUGCGUCAGGCAAGUCGUGGCUUGCCCUUCACGACAGUGUCACCAGUUGUUCCCGUUUUGCUCACAUGUAUUCGUGUAUGUAUUUGGCCACCACCACAACAACGUGAAAAAGCACCUUGCUUGCUCGGUCGGUUGCGAGCACGCGACCGCUGCGGUUCACCGUAAUCACGGCCCUCUUACUGCAAAUGUCUCCCGCUCGUGUGGGCCCUCCUCCUUUUCCUCUCCCCGGCGGUGCCGUCCUGGUGGACGCCAAGUGGGAGGGGACGAGCAGGGCUGGGAAAAGAAAAGAAAAGAAAAGAAAAAGAAGAAGGAGUCUCGAAUAAAACGCCGGAGCUCGGCGACAACGUGAACGGAAUGUGCGACGACCACGGCGGCGGCACGCUGAAGUUGGGCUGGUCGCGGAGGUUUGGGAGCCGAGAAUGCUGAGCUCCUGCCGCCGCCCGCUGUUUUCCCUUUCGAGCCGACGCGGCCCUCCCUCCUCCCUUUGUCAGUUUCCCAGGAAACGUUGAAAGACGUCCGCCCACGCGGGCACGACGCCACAAACGCUCCCACGCUCAGUCACUCUUCUUGCUCGCCGCUUCCGCUCCUUUUAAACGUCAACACGGACGACCUCUUGGGAGCAGAGUUGAGCUCCGAUGACCUCCCGUGCCUUUUAGCUGGCGCUCGCGACCGCCAUGGCCACUCCGGAGGCUGAGGUGGAGCCACCCUCUCAGGCCUCCGCAGCCCAAAUCCUCGAUAAAAGACGCUUCUCCCGUGAUCUUCCCGUCCUGGGUCAAGAUGAGAUCGACAAGCUCUUAUCCGCCGCCGAGGGUCGUCCUUUUAGUGUGAUACAUCACCUUCCCGAAUUAAAGGAGGAGGGUAUCCCCUAUUUAAUCCCCGGCGUCCCCAUCACUUGUCGAGUGGAUAACACCGAGAGAUACACAACUCGCUCCAAGGUCCACGUCGGCACCCUGUACACAGUGACGCUCACCCACGGUCAGUUCCGCUGGAUCGUGAAGCGGAAGUACAAACACUUCCAGGAGUUGCAUCGAGACCUUUACAACCACCGGAUGAUGAUUCACCUUCUGCCUCUGGGAAGGUUCGCCAAGGAGAGGCAGCAGCUGAGGGCCAUGUCUGAGGAGAUGCCCAGCCUCCGUGGGACUCAGCGGACCAGAAUGACGUCCAGCAAAAUGAAAUACCUCGAAGAGUACCUGAAUGACCUGCUGGAGAACAGGUUCUGUAGGAAUGACCACAGUAUGCUGGAGUUCCUCUCGGUCGGCGCCGUCUCCUUCGUCACGGAUCUUGGGCCCAAAGGCUUGGAGGGGCCCAUCUUCAAGAGGUCAGGGGGUCACCGCAUUCAAGGCUUGAAUUGCAUCGGCCAUCAUCAGUUCUGCUUCCGCUGGUCACGCCGCUGGCUGGUGGUGAAAGAUUCCUUCCUGAUGUACAUGAACCGGGACAACGGGCGCAUCAACUUUGUCUUGCUGUUCGACCCCGAGUUCAAUGUGAAAGUGGGCCGGGCUCACACCGACACGAAAUAUGGCGUGCGCAUCGAGAACUUCACUCGGAACCUGAUCAUCAAAUGCGGGAGCUACCGACAAGCACACUGGUGGAGUCACGAAAUCAACCGGCUGGCUGGAGGCUGCCAUUUUCUCAAAGUGCAGCGCUUCCAGGGAUUUGCUCCUCCGCGGGACAACACGCUGACAAAAUGGUAUGUAAAUGGGAGCGACUACUUUGCCGACCUCGCUGAUGCGCUCGAGCGAGCCAAAGAGGAAAUCUUUAUCACGGACUGGUGGCUCAGCCCUGAAGUGUUCCUGAAGAGACCGGCGACAGAUAACGUCUGGCGUUUGGAUGAAGUACUCAAACGCAAAGCUGAACAGGGAGUGAAAGUGUGUGUUAUGCUUUACAAAGAGGUGGAGCUCGCACUGGGCAUCAAUAGCGAGCACAGUAAGAGGACUCUCAUGGAUAUGCACCCAAACAUCAAGGUCAUGCGACAUCCCGACCACGUGUCGUCUGUGGUGUUACUUUGGGCCCACCAUGAAAAGAUGGUGGCCAUUGACCAAACCGUCGCCUUUGUCGGCGGCAUCGACCUGGCGUUCGGGAGGUGGGAUGACAGCCGGUACCGGCUGACUGACCUCGACGUCGCCGACGUGAAGCCGCGAGGAGAUCCGCGUGAAAACGGAGCGUCUGAUGAGCAAACUCGGCAGGUUGCGGACCUGACGGGCAACACCAAAUUGUGGAUCGGCAAAGACUACAGCAAUUUCAUCAGGAAAGACUGGGUCCAACUGGACAGACCCUUUGAAGAUAACAUUGACCGAACGACAGUUCCUCGCAUGCCGUGGCGCGAUCUGGCCGCGGCUCUUCACGGCAGAGCAGCCAGGGAUGCGGCUCGCCACUUCAUCCAGCGCUGGAACUUCACUAAGAUCUUCAAAAACAAGUACAAGGAUGACUUCUACCCUUACCUCCUCCCCAAAUCUCAUUCUUCAGCUGACACGCUUUCUUUCACUCUUCCUGGCUCCCAGAAGGCCAAAGUGCAGGUGUUACGUUCUGCAGAUCGCUGGUCUGCCGGUACCUGUGAGAACUCAAUCCUCAACGCUUACAUCCACACCAUUGAGAACAGCCAGCACUACAUUUACAUCGAGAACCAGUUCUUCAUCAGCUGCGCCGACGGCAAGACGAUCCACAACGGGAUCGGUGACGCCGUCGUCAACCGAAUCCUGCGAGCGUACAGAGAGCAGAAGAACUUUAAAGUGUUUGUGGUGAUCCCACUUUUGCCGGGAUUUGAGGGCGAUAUCAGCACCGGAGGUGGCAACGCCAUCCAGGCCAUCCUUCACUUCACUUAUAGGACGAUAUGCCGGGGGGAACAGUCCAUCCUGUCGAGACUCCGCGAACUGGAGGACAGGUGGAGCGAGUACAUCACAGUCUGCGGGCUGAGAACACACGCGGAACUCUCCCAGUCGCCGGUCACCGAGCUCAUCUACGUUCACAGCAAGACCCUCAUUGCGGACGACCGCUGCUACAUAAUCGGAUCGGCCAACGUCAACGACCGCAGCAUGCUGGGGAGUCGAGACAGUGAGCUGGCGGUGUUUGUGGAAGAUGAAGAAAGGAUCCCAUCCAUCAUGGGAGGGGAGGACUACCAAGCGGGACCCCUCACGCUGGCUCUGCGCAAGGAGUGCUUUCGUGUUCUCGUUGGUGCGGCUUCGGACCCCGGCAUCAAUAUUGACGAUCCCAUCAGCGAUGAUUUGUUCUUCUGGGUGUGGAAUUCUACUGCCAAGCUAAAUGCCACCAUCUACAACAAGGUCUUCUGCUGCCUCCCCUGCAAUUGUGUCCACAAUCUGCAAGAACUGAAGGAGUACACCAGCAAGGAGCGCCUCUGUGACACCGACCCCGAAAAGGCCAGGCAGGAGCUGAAGGCGGUCCAAGGGCUGCUGGUCCACUUCCCCUUGAAGUUCUUGUGUGAAGAGAACCUGCUGCCUCCGCUGGGCACCAGAGAGGGCAUGGCCCCCGUCGGGCUGUGGACGUAGCCGCGUUCUUAGAUACGUGUGCUACCCGACGACGGCUCCCGUUGUGCUCAUUUACCGGUUCAUUUAGUCAACAGCGGUAAGGAAAACCCCCACUUUGUGACCGCUUGUGUGACUUUUUGGAAUGAUAGCACGUUCUUGAGGAUUUGCUUUUACCAUGUCCACAAUUCAUCUCAUGUGAUUUGAGUACACGCUGUGCUGAACAUUAAUCAGAACACUUUUAUUAUUAUUUUUUUUUUUUAUAAACGUGUGGGUCUUCCCUCCCUCCCUCCCUCCCUCUUUCUUUCUUUCGCUGUCUCGCUCCCUCUGAGGCUUCAGCGCUUACCGCAGUGCCAGCAAAUCUGUCAGAAAAUGUGUGGUUGUUAUGGUGAUGGAUACAAAAAAAAAAAAAAAUGGCAGGGCAUUAGCUGGAAAAUAGACGAGGCGAUACAAGAGGAAAUAUGUCACUUCAUGCAAGUUUUUUUUUUUUUUCCCGUCAGACGUUUGCAGAUUUGCUCGUUUUUAAGGUUGCCGUACAUUCCGCGUCGACUGCAUGAUGACGUCAGAAUUUUUGAGCCGCUCGAUUCCCAUAUGGGGUCCAAAAUUCUGUGCUCGGCCACAUUCCGAGUCAACGGUGUCAACGUUUGAUACGGGAAGAUGACGCAAUGUCUUUGUUACAUUUAUCAUAACACUGGAGUGUAGCGAGUUGCGUUUGUAGAGUUUUUGUGUCAGCGCACGAUUGUCGCAAAAGACUUUUUGGAUGUCCCAUUUGCAAUAACACUCUUCUAAGUACUCGCUCAUUAACAUUGUGAAUUUUUCAACUUCUGUGAUGAAGCGGCAAGAAGUGUGAUCCAAUCAAUGACAGUUUGCCAGUAGAAAAUUCUUGCACUGGAACAAAUUCUGUACUAGUGGAGGCAAAACAGCACUUGCUCAUUUGGAAUACUGUCACGUGUCGUACUCCCAUCGAGAGUAUGCGAAGAAACGACGCCUUCUGAUAGCACUUGUAUUUACGUCAUCGUUACCGUAUUUGUCUCAUCUCCUCCAACGUGUAAAAAUAGUCGAUCCUCUUUCAAAUACGUACACGAUACAUUUGUCAUCUUUUGUACUCCACCUCGUUGUGGACGUCAAGCCGGAUCGUUCGGCAUUUCGAGCAUCGCGCUUGGCCGUUUCUCACUUAUCGUAAAGCAGAAUUUUCUCAUUGGACGGUGCAACGUGUCUGGAAAAAGUUGGCUGCGUAUAGUUUUAUGACGCUAAAUAUAAAAUUGAUGUGCACAAACCUUCCACGCAGCCAGCGAUAUUGGACGUGCCUGAAUUAUUACCUGCAGAAACGCAGCUCAAGCAGUUUUUUAACAAUGUGUAUACCUACAUCUUCCACAUACUGUACGUGGCAUUAUUGUAGCGACAAAUGACAUUUGAAAAUGUUUCUACUAUUAAUUUCAAUGCACCAAUCAUAUUGCAUCACUACUGUGCCUUCCUUCCAACCGUCACAUGUUCGUUUGGACGUGAAUUGUUACUAAUGCUCAGGGUUUGAGGUGUCCAUCAAAACUGCCUGAAUAAUGUUCAUCUAGUUAUUUUUACUCAAUAAACCUACAUUAACUGAAA